UGCAUUUCCUGCUCGCUCACAAGUCUUGCUUCUGCCGCCUAUUCACAUGCAUGCUCGUCUGUCCAUCUGCCGUGACUCAAUCUCAAGAUCGUGACUUGUCCCGCAUUCUAGUGGAGUACUUUAUGGUCUCGAACACCGAAUAAUCUUCACGGCUACCUCCGGGUUCAGCAGACGCUGCAGAAGGUCCUUAGUGGACCAUGCCAAGGUCUUUCAAAUGGUAUACGGAUUGUAGGGAAACCACGAAUGGGUGGCUUGGAAGACGUGAUAUUCUCACGGACAUGAUAUGUGUCCGUCUUCACGUAGCUGCAGCCUUACCGACUACAGCAGCACCGUACGUUUAUAGCGAUCCUGCGACUACGGGAAGUGACCUGGGAGUUGGAGUGUGCGUCACGUCUCUGACGGGUCUCGUUCGCUGAGUGCGGUACGCGUGACAAUGAGAAGGGUUUACCAAAGAGAUCGUGUGCAGUAUAUGUAUCUUGUCAACUCUCCCGCAGGUGACUUGGAAGAGAAGAAUGCCCGGUCAUAGGGAAGAAGUACGCAUACGAAGUGGAGAAGGACACGGCUGUAGCCUCGCUCUCAGGCCUCCCCUAUAUGCAUCAUCACCAGCUUUGAAGUCGUGAACAUCAUACACA